AUCCGCGACUUCUUGAAGGAGGACUGCCGAGUGCUGGUGGUGGGAGCAGGCGGGCUGGGCUGUGAGCUGCUAAAGGACCUGGUGCUGUCGGGGUUUGGCAGCAUAGACGUGAUUGACAUGGACACUAUCGAUGUGUCAAACCUUAAUAGGCAGUUUCUGUUCCGCCCGGCUGAUGUGGGCAAGCCCAAGGCGGUGGUGGCAGCAGAGCGAGUCAUGAGCCGCGUGGGCGGGGUGAAGGUGACACCACACUUCUGCCGCAUAGAGGACAAGCCGGCCUCUUUCUUCAACGAUUUCAACAUCAUAGUGUUGGGCCUGGACUCUCUCGAAGCCCGUUCCUACAUCAACAGCCUCGUCUGUGGCUUCCUAGAGUACUCCCCUGAGGGCGACCUGGACUUGGCCUCCAUCCGCCCCAUGGUGGACGGGGGCACGGAGGGCUUCAAGGGGCACGCGAGGGUGAUUAUCCCGGGGGUGACGCCGUGCUUCCACUGCACGCUCUGGCUCUUCCCCCCCCAGACCAAGUUCCCCCUCUGCACGCUCGCUGAGACCCCCCGGUCCCCCGCGCAUUGCAUUGAAUACGCGCACCUCAUUCAGUGGGGCGAGGAGCGGCCUGGAGAGUCUUUUGAUGCGGACAACUUGGAGCACAUACAGUGGAUCUACCACAAGGCUCUCAUUCGCGCCCAGCAGCACAGCAUCACAGGCGUCACUCUCUCCCUCACUCAGGGGGUGGUGAAGAACAUUAUCCCCGCUAUAGCAUCAACCAAUGCCAUCGUAUCAGCGGUGUGCGCACUGGAGACUCUCAAGAUCGCUACAAUGUGCUCCGCUGGGAUGAACAACUAUGUGAUGUAUGUGGGCACGCAGGGCGUUUACUCACACACGGUUGCCUAUGAGAGGGACCCCGAGUGCCUCGUGUGCAGCGCUGGCGUCCCUGUGACCGUGCCAUCCACAGCCACCCUGCAGCAGUUCAUUGACCAGCUAUUGGCCGACCCACGUUUCGCCGCCCGCUUGCAAGCACCGUCCGUCUCUUUCUAUGGAUCCAACCUCUACCUCCGUGCCCCUGUGGUGCUCGAAGAGGCAACGCGGCCGAAUCUUUCCAAGCCACUCAAAGAGCUGAUGGAUGGAGUGGGAUGUGUGAAUGGGGAGGAGGGCGGAGAGAAGAAGGGUGUUUCCGCUGGAGGGGUGUUGAAUGUGAAUGAUAAGAAGCUAGCAGGUGUGCUGAGAGUGAGGGUCUCUUUCAAAGAUGAACUUGCCACAAAUUACAACCUUCGCUACACUCUCGUGCUCACCGGACCAGCCACCGCACCCAAGCGAAUCGCCUUAUAUCAGAGACAACAGCAGCAGCCCGUCAUCACGAUCCCCCUUCCCCCCCUCGCCUGCGCACAGCCCGCACCUUCCGUGUGGCACUGCUCAGGCGCGCCCGCCUCGCCUCCCCUCCCCUCUGCUCCCCUUGCCGCCCUCCUUGCUGCUGCUUCUGCUGGCGCUGCUCGUGGUAACACUGCCGGUGGCACUGCGGGCAGUAACACUGCAAGUGGUAACACUCCGAGUGGUACCAGUGGCAUCGGAUUCUCUGCUGCGGUGGUGGCCGCGGGGAGCAGCAGCAUUGGCGCGUUAUCUCAAGCCAAGGCGUUUUACGCUGGUGAGCUGGUGUGGGGGUGCGGGUAUUGUGUGCACACCACCCUGUGCUCAUCUGCCCUCUCAUAUCCCCUUCAGACCCCCCCCCAUCUCCGCGUCUGCCCUCUCUGUCUCCUCCAAGACGUCCCCUCCGCUCUCUCGCCGGUGCUCUACCCCACUGCGGCCGCCCAGCUGGGCGGAGCAGCCAAGGGAGGCGCCACCCUCUCUGUGUCCUCCACAAAUAUUCUCGCCAAGAUCAACUACCUCGUCAUUGUCAUUAGCUCCACUCAACCCCUCCGAUUGGUCAAGGUCUCCCUCUCUCCUCCCUCCUCCGCCUCCCCGACCAUACCCUCCGCCACCUCCUCCUCCUCCUCUUCCUCCCCCACGUCCACCUCCCCCCCCACCUCCUCCACCUCCUCCACCUCCCCUCUCUCCCUCGCCUGCACGUGGGUCGCCCCACUCCCCUCGGUGUGGGUGUGCCGAGGAACAGCCAUGGCGGCUCAGGUCUCCCCAGCAGCCAAGGCGCUGGCAGCGCUGCCAGCACUGCCGGCAGGGGCGAGGAGUGCAUGUGUGGUUGGAGUGAGCGUGGGAGGAGGGGUCACUGCAACCCAAGCGGCACAGGGGGCGUUGGUGCGAGUGGCAGGGCACGUGCGGUCUGCUCUGCACCCUCCUCACCCCCGUACCCUCACUUGCACGGAGGGGGUCGGAGAGACGACUAGGCAGGCAUCCUUGCGCACCAUUCCGAGAGAGGGGGGAGGGGAGGGCGGAGGGGAGGGCGGAGGGGUGCGCGGAGGGGAGGGCGGAGGGGAGGGCGGAGGGGAGGGCGGAGGGGAGGGGGGAGGGGUGCGCGGAGGGGAGGAGGAAUGA